CGUUAGGUAGCGACCACGGAGAUCCGAGGAGCGCUGAACAUCUCGCCUGAAGGAUGGAUUUCACCCUGCUCCGGAACCUCAUCAGCAGAUACUGUGUGGGGGAGGAGAUCUGGGUGGACAGUCGGACGGUGUACAUCGGUCAUAAAGAACCUCCUCCGGGAGCCGAGGCCUACAUCCCUCAGCGUUACCCGGACAACCGCAUCGUCUCAUCCAAGUAUACCUCCUGGAACUUCGUGCCCAAGAAUCUGUUUGAGCAGUUCAGAAGAAUCGCUAACUUCUACUUCUUGGUCAUAUUUCUGGUCCAGCUUAUCAUCGACACCCCCACGAGCCCGGUCACCAGCGGCCUGCCCCUCUUCUUUGUUAUCACUGUCACGGCAAUAAAACAGGGCUAUGAGGACUGGCUCAGACACAAGGCCGACUGUUCUAUAAACGAGUGUCCGGUGGACGUGGUGCAGCAGGGGAAGGUGGUGAGGACACAGAGUCACAAGCUACGGGUGGGGGACAUCGUCGUGGUGCGGGAGGACGAGACUUUCCCCUGUGACCUCAUCCUGCUCUCCUCCAGCCGCCAUGACGGGACCUGCUACGUCACCACUGCCAGCCUGGACGGGGAGUCCAGCCACAAGACCUAUUAUGCAGUACAAGAUACCAUGGCCUUUAGAACGGAGCAGGAGGUGGAUUCGCUACACGCCACUAUUGAAUGUGAACAACCGCAGCCUGACCUCUACAAAUUUGUGGGACGCAUCAAUAUUUACAAGGACAAAGAAGAGCCUGUGGCGAGACCGCUCGGGGCUGAGAAUUUGCUCCUUAGAGGAGCCACGCUGAAGAACACACAACAUAUUUAUGCUGUUGCGGUCUACACCGGUAUGGAGACGAAGAUGGCGCUUAACUACCAGUCUAAAUCUCAGAAGCGCUCCGCUGUAGAGAAGUCGAUGAAUGCCUUCCUAGUCGUGUAUCUGUGCAUCUUGAUCAGUAAAGCGGUGAUCAACACCGUUCUGAAAUACGCCUGGCAGUGGUCUCCAGACCAGGACGAGCCCUGGUACAACCACAGGACCGAGAACGAGCGGCAGCGCCACGUGGUGAUCCGAGCUUUCACAGACUUCCUGGCCUUCAUGGUCCUCUUUAAUUACAUCAUCCCGGUGUCGAUGUACGUCACGGUGGAGAUGCAGAAAUUCCUGGGCUCUUAUUUCAUCACCUGGGAUGAAGAAAUGUUCGACGAAGAGCUGGGGGAGGGAGCUCUGGUCAACACCUCUGACCUGAAUGAAGAGCUGGGACAGGUGGAGUACGUGUUUACUGAUAAGACAGGCACUCUCACGGAGAACAACAUGGAGUUUAUUGAAUGCUGCGUCGAUGGGAACGUCUACAUCCCGCACGCCAUCUGCAACGGCCAAAUCCUCAGCGCCGCUUCCAGUAUAGACAUGAUCGACUCGUCACCUGGAGGAUACAGGAGGGAACACGAGGAUCUGUUUUUCCGGGCGCUGUGCCUGUGUCACACGGUGCAGGUGAAGGAGGAGGAGACGGUGGACGGCAUCAAGAGGGGCAUCCACCAGGGCAAGCCCACCUCCUUCUACAUCUCCUCCUCACCGGAUGAGGUGGCUUUGGUGGAGGGCAUGAAAAGGCUGGGCUACACCUAUCUGAGACUGAAAGACAACUACAUGGAGAUCCUCAACAAAGACGAUGAGAUCGAAAGAUUUCAGCUGCUCCAUGUGCUGAACUUUGACUCCGUCAGGAGGCGAAUGAGCGUCAUCGUCAAGUCCAGCUCAGGAGAAUGCCUGCUGUUCUGUAAAGGAGCGGACUCGUCCAUUUUCCCCCGCGUCGUGUCUGGGAAGGUGGAGCAGGUGAAAGCCCGGGUGGAGCAGAACGCUGUUGAGGGGCUGCGGACUCUGUGUGUCGCUUAUCGAAAGCUGUCGGAGUCCGAAUACCAGGAGGCGUGUCAUCGGCUGAACGAAGCCAAGCUGGCCCUGCAGGACAGGGAGCAGAGGCUGGCGCAGGCCUAUGACAUCAUCGAGAGGGACUUGGUGCUUUUGGGAGCGACGGCAGUGGAGGACAGGCUCCAGGAGAAAGCUGCAGACACCAUCGAGUCGCUGCACAAGGCCGGGAUGAAAGUCUGGGUCCUGACGGGGGACAAGAUGGAGACGGCGGCGGCGACCUGCUACGCCAGCAAGCUGUUCCGCCGCAGCACCCAGAUCCUGGAGCUGACCAAGAAACGCACAGAGGAGCAGAGCCUGCACGACGUUCUGUUCGAACUCAACCGGACGGUGCUGAGACAACGCUCCAUUUCUGGGUUGUCCGUCGACUGCCUGGACUUCGGUCUGAUCAUCGACGGCGCCACUCUCUCCGCGGUGCUGAAGGCCAACCAGGAGGGCGCCGGUUGCGGCAACUACCGAGAGAUCUUUUUGGAGAUCUGUCGCAACUGUAGCGCCGUGCUCUGCUGUCGGAUGGCGCCGCUGCAGAAAGCCCAGAUCGUGAAGCUGAUUAAAGCGUCCAAGGAGCACCCCAUAACCCUCGCCAUCGGCGACGGGGCCAACGACGUCAGCAUGAUCCUGGAAGCACAUGUGGGCAUCGGCAUCAUGGGUAAAGAGGGCCGACAGGCGGCACGGAACAGCGACUACGCCAUCCCCAAGUUCAAACACCUGAAGAAGAUGCUCCUCGUCCACGGCCACUACUAUUACAUCCGCAUCGCCGAACUCGUCCAGUACUUCUUCUACAAGAAUGUAUGCUUCAUCUUCCCUCAGUUCCUGUACCAGUUCUUCUGUGGGUUCUCCCAGCAGCCUCUGUACGACACGGCCUAUUUGACGUUGUACAACAUCAGCUUCACCUCGCUCCCCAUCCUCCUCUACAGCCUGGUGGAGCAGCACGUCACCAUCGAUAGGCUCAAGAGGGACCCUUCCUUGUACAGGGACGUAGCGAAGAACUCCCUCCUCCGCUGGCCCGUCUUCUUGUAUUGGACGUGCCUGGGUGUGUUUGACGCCGUUAUCUUCUUCUUUGGUGCCUACUUCCUGUUUGACAACACCACCUUCACCAGCAAUGGCCAGAUGUUCGGCAACUGGACCUUCGGGACUCUGGUCUUUACUGUGCUGGUCUUCACCGUGACGCUCAAGCUUGCCUUGGACACACACCACUGGACCUGGAUCAAUCACUUUGUCAUCUGGGGGUCACUACUUUUCUACGUCAUUUUCUCUCUUCUCUGGGGAGGCAUCAUUUGGCCCUUCCUGAACUACCAGAGGAUGUACUACGUGUUCAUGCAGAUGCUGUCCAGUGGUCCGGCCUGGCUCAGCAUCAUCCUGCUCGUAACGGUCAGCCUGUUGCCAGAUGUCAUCAAAAAGGUCCUCUGCAGGGCCAUGUGUCCCACGGCGACCGAACGUGCACAGUCCACUCGCCCGUGCCUUACUGUGGAGCCGUCCACCAUCUUCAUGCUUUCUCAGUCCUCCAGCAGAAUGAGUUUCUGA